UGCAACUUCAUUCAUUACAUCUACUUUUUACUUUUUCCAUACAACUCCAGAUAGGAUUUGUGGUCCUUUCUCUUCGGAAACAGUGCCGUACAAUCAUACGGGCAUCCUUAUCUUCUUUCCCCUUCCCCUCCUCCCACGGGCCUUCUCCUUUCCUUACACACCAUUCUCCCUCUUCGCAUCAGUAGAGCAAUAGGGCUCAAAUUCCCUAUCAGAGCCAUGUCUUCCCUCGCUUUUUCUACUCGCGAAUUGUAUUAUGACGGCAAGACCCAGCCUGCCUCUUCAGGCAAAGCCUUCCAAUCUAUCAAUCCCUCAAACGCCAGUCCUUUGGCUGAGAUCCAGGUUGCUUCACAUUCCGAUGUAGAUGCAGCCAUCGCUGCCGCCGACCGGGCCUUCCCCUCAUGGUCUCAAACACCACCCGUUGCACGUGCCCGCAUUCUCCAGAAAGCCGCCGCCCUGCUCCGCGAGCGCAACGACGAUAUCGCUCGUGUUGAAACUCUUGACUCAGGCAAGGCAUAUACCGAGACAAGCACUGUCGACGUCGUCACCGGAGCCGACGUACUCGAGUACUAUGCAAAUCUGGUUGGAGGUGGCGGGCUGAAUGGAGAGACCACACAGUUGAGAGAAGAUGCUUGGGUGUACACCAAAAAGUCUCCGUUGGGUGUUUGCGUGGGCAUUGGAGCUUGGAACUACCCUAUUCAAAUUGCGCUAUGGAAAUCCGCUCCCUGCCUGGCUGCGGGCAAUACUAUGGUUUACAAGCCAAGCGAAUUUACGCCGCUGCAUGCACAAACCUUAGCCGAAAUUUACACGGAAGCCGGUCUACCCGCCGGCGUAUUCAAUGUUGUCUACGGUGCCGGCGACGUUGGGGCGUACUUGACUGCUCAUCCUACGAUUGCAAAAGUUUCCUUCACAGGCCAAGUAUCCACGGGCAUGAAAGUGGCUGGAUCCGCCGCUGGCAAUAUGAAAUAUGUCACCAUGGAAUUGGGCGGCAAGAGCCCCCUCAUCAUCUUGCCGGACGCGGAGCUCGAGAAUGCCGUAGACGGGGCCAUGAUGGCAAACUUCUAUAGUACCGGUCAGGUAUGUACUAAUGGUACUCGGGUGUUCAUCCCCGCUAGCAUGAAGACCACGUUUGAGAGGCGCCUUCUGGAAAAGAUGCAGUACAUCCGUCCUGGGCCUUUAUUUGAUGACUCAACCAACCUCGGUCCCUUGAGCUCGGCUUUACACCUCGAGAAGGUACUCUCUUACAUCCGCCACGGUAUCGAAACAGACAAUGCUACUCUACUUUACGGCGGUUUGGGCAAGCCAAGUGUUCCGAAGGAGUUGGAAUCAGGAUUUUGGGUGCGCCCGACGGUCUUCACUGACUGCACAGAUGACAUGCGCAUUGUUCAAGAGGAAAUAUUCGGCCCUGUGAUGUCUAUUCUAUCCUAUGAGACGGUGGAAGAGGCGGUCAGGCGAGCGAAUACCACUGAGCUCGGCCUAGCUGCGGGAGUCUUUACCAAGGAUCUCAAUAUGGCCCAUCGCGUUAUUGACCAGCUACAGGCGGGAAUUACCUGGAUCAAUAGCUGGGGUGAGAGCCCUGCUGAGAUGGCCGUUGGUGGCUGGAAGAAGAGCGGGGUCGGAGUUGAGAACGGACGCAAGGGUAUUGAGGCAUGGGUAAAGAAUAAGAGCACCCUCGUUGAUAUGAAUGGAGCGGUAGCCACUGUCUUCGCCAAGCUGUAAUUGUGACAUCUUAAAAUUUGUAUAUAUUACUUCCUAGAAUGCACAGUGAAUUACGUACAAG